AUGGCCUGCUGUGCUACUAGCUUCUGUGGCUUUCCCACAUGCUCCACUGGUGGCACCUGUGGCUCCAGCUGCUGCCAGCCCAGCUGCUGCCAGCCCAGCUGCUGCCAGCCCAGCUGUUGCCAGCCCAGCUGCUGCCAGCCCAGCUGCUGUGGCACUGGCAGUGGCCAGGAGGGUGGCAGUGGAGGCGUGAGCUGCCGCGUUAGAUGGUGCCGCCCAGACUGCCGCGUGGAGGGCACCUGCCUGCCCCCCUGCUGCGUGGUGAGCUGCACACCCCCAACCUGCUGCCAGCUGCACCAUGCCCAGGCCUCCUGCUGCCGCCCCUCCUACUGUGGACAGUCCUGUUGCCGUCCAGCCUGCUGCUGCUACUGCUGCCCACCCAGCUGCUCUGAGCCCAGCUGUUGA